AGUUAGAAAUGUGUUGUGGCAAAUGUUAUACAUUCAUUAGAUAAAUAAACCUAUUUCUAACGUUUUUUUGUAUUUGUAAUGGUAGCAUUGUGUGUUUCCAAGAAAAUGUCACUACAUUUUCCCAAAACCGUGAUAAUUAAAAGAACAACACACCAAAAUUUAACAGUUUAACUCUAAUCGUGUAAUGUAAACAAAUCAGUUGUUGUUAAUAACUCCCAUUGACAGCUGUUAAAUGUUAUGUGCACAGGGUUGUAUUUUUUAUCACACAAUCAUGCACCUGAUUAUCUGCUCUUUCUUCUUCUUCUUGCUGCUGCUGAUGUUAUGUUAACCCACCACAAUUAUUACUCCUUUGCUUUGCUUGCUACCAACAAAUGUGGGCGAGUGAGCGAGUCAACAACGACAUAACAAACGAACGAACGAGUGGUGAACGAGUAUCUAUGGCCUAACAAAUAAAGUGAUUACUUUGUAACUGGAUAGAUACAAAUGAUUACUUUUCGUGUGUUGUGUUGAGCGCAGCGAGAACAGCAGCAGCAGUCAGGCAGCAUUGUGUUUGUGCAAACCAACCAAAAUACGUGUAUAUGUGUAUUUAAAAUAAUGAUUUUAACACGACGGUUGGGAUAAACAAAAAGCCGUUCAAAAAAUCAAAUAAAAAUCAAAACUAUAAAAUUAACAAAAUCAAAAGUGCGCACGAUUGAAAUUCAAUGAAAUUUUGGCAAAAAAGCAAAGGUGUUUCGCUUAAAACGAGGUGAAAAAACUUGAAGUGUGUGGUGUUGUACCCCCAACUUAAUCAUAACAAGAAAAAAUGUGUAUUCGAUGAAAUUCCUUAGUAAAAAAACUGGACAAAACUCUGUGAGCAUUGAGCAGCAGUGGCAGCAAGCAAAAAUGAUACUUCUCUUCUAAUCAACAGAAAAAAGGCCGACGAAUUGCCUUUGGAAACGGAAAAAAGUAAUUAAAGUGAAUUAAAUUAUGAUUAUUCUGAACCAUUCCAAAUCUACUCACCACACGCAACGAGAAAAACCUCCGGAUUUAGAAUGUCAUUGCUCAGUAGUAGUGAAAAGCCAUGAAAAUGUCAACGACAUUGCUAGUAAAAAGAUUAAUAAUAAUAACAAACAAGAACAACCACAACAACAACAACAACAAAAGACAACCAGUAUUUGGCAUUAUUUAAAUUCAUCAGCAUCAUUAUUAACAUCAUCAGCAGCAGUAAUAGCAGCCGCAAAAUUAGCAGCACCAUCAUCAUCGUCAAUAUUAGCCUGUAGUUGUAAUCAUCAUGGGAGUAGUGAAAUAAAUGCAGUUUUCAAAAACGACAACAACAACGACUACGAUAAUUAUUACAACACCACUAAUAAUAGGAGAAGGGGUGCUGGCAGCAGCUGCCACCAAGGCUGCAUAAAGUUAACACCUUCUUCUUCAUCAUCUUCUUCUUCUCAUAUAUCAUCGAUUUCAACAAGACUGGAUGAGAAUACAUCAAAAUCAAAAAUUAGUAUGAAUUUGAAUUUAAAAAAUGCUUCCACGACAAUUAAUCUACAAAAAGGACGACGAAGAAAUAUAACUACGUGCCCAGAAGAGAGGCAGCAGCAUUGUUGUUUUACAAAAACAUCACCACCAUUGUCGGCAAUAACAAUGAACAAAACUAUGUCACCAACGACAACAGCGGCAGCAGCAGCAGCAAAUAACUUGGCUGACACUGCAAAGGCAACAGUGAAAUUGGUCUUUAAAAGAGCCUCAACAUCUCUAUUGCUAACAUCAACAACAUCAUUAAAUUAUUGUCCAUUUUCAAGGAUUUCGACGACAACAAAAGCAACCGCAGCAGCAGCAACAAAACAUCGACGACAUUCAUCGAAUUUAAAUAAAGCCGCCACACAAAACUCAUCAUCAUCAUCAUCGUCAUCAUCACCAGCAUUAGCAACACCACCAACAUCGCCAGCAUCAUCCUUGCCAUUAUCUCCCCUACCACCAGACAAAAUAUUUGAAGAAAAUUUCAAACACAAAUCCUGCCACAAAUCACCAACAGCAGCAGUAUUUAAUACCCGCAAUAGCCAUAAUACAAUUAUGCCCCCCAAUGCCACACUGCCCCACCAUGGUGGCGGUGCAACUAAAUCUACGAAAUAUCUCUCAUUCAUACAGUCGUCGUCUAUCAUUAUAAGUAUUUUAGUUUUAAUUUGUAUGCAGCUGAAUUCGGUGGCUGCCGAUCAAGUGAUACUAUUGGAUACAACGCGAGAAGCAACCCUGGAAUGGACCCGUCACCCGUAUGGACCACAGGCUCAGACACCCGGUUGGGUUGAGGAAAGUUUUACGGACUUUGUAAAGGGUAUUAAUUGGCGUAGCUACGUUGUCUGUGAUGUGGCCUAUCACAAUGUCAACAACUGGCUGUGGUCGCCAUUUAUUGAUCGCGGUCCAGCCAAUCGGCUCUAUAUUGAAAUACAAUUUACCAUAAGAGACUGUUCGCUGUUUCCCGGCAAUACAUUGUCCUGCAAGGAGACGUUUAGUUUGUUGUACUACGAGUUCGAUGCGGCCACCAGGGAACCGCCACCAUGGCAAACCGAUAGCUAUAAGCUAAUAGCCCGUAUAGCUGCCGCCGAGGGUCGUUUCAAUCAAAAUUCCGAUGUUGACAUUAAUACGGAAGUGAAAAGCAUUGCCGUCACCAAGAAGGGGGUAUACUUUGCUUUUCGCGAUCAAGGAGCCUGUAUUAGUGUCUUGGCAGUGAAGGUCUACUACAUAACCUGUCCGGCGGUGACGGAAAAUUUGGCCCAUUUCAAAGAGACACCAACGGGCCGUGAAAUUACCAUUCUUGAAAAACAGAACGGCACCUGUGUGGACAAUGCUGAGGCAUAUGAACAACCAACAUAUUUGUGCAAAGGUGAUGGCAAGUGGACCAUUUUGACUGGAGGUUGCCGUUGUAAGGGUGGCUAUGAACCGGACAUUGCCAACAAGACUUGUACCGAAUGCCCGGUUGGAACAUUCCGUUCGCCUGAGGUCACCAAAUGUAUACCCUGUCCGCCAAAUUCAAAUGCAUCGAAGGUGGCCUCCAGCUAUUGCAAGUGUUUGCCUGGUUUCAAUCGCCAUCCCAGGGAUGGCAAAUAUAUGCCAUGCUACAAGCCACCAGGACCACCCACAAAUCUCACCUUGCUCUUUGUCGAUCAUAUCAGUGCAAUUUUGUCAUGGAAUGCCCCAGUUCGGGAGCCUACUGCUGCCGAUGCCAAUUCCCUGUAUCGCAGUGAUAUAGUCUAUAAGGUUGUCUGCUCAUCCUGUUCUUCCAAUGUGGUCCUAACACCCAACACCGACACAUUCAAUGACACCAAAUUGACACUAACCAAUCUGGAACCACUGACAACCUACACCAUUCAAAUCCACUCCAUGAAUGGUGUGUCUUAUGUUGCUGACAAUGGCACGGGAGGCAAUGAUAAUGACAAGGGCCAGAGGAACUCAAACGAUUCAUUUAGUUCGGAAGAGAACACUGGAAGUGGUAAACAUCAUGACAAUGAAAUACCCCUAAUGCCAGGGCCAACAUCCAGUAUACCCCAUGGCGCUGGGGCCACCAGCAGUAUUCACAAUCAACCUAUAGAUUUAAGUCAAAUCAAGACUGAAUGGGAUGAGAUUACUUUUACCACAACGGAAUCGGCCAUAUUGUCGACUGUGAGCAAUGUGCGGAUUGUACUGGCCACCAGUAAUGAAGUAGAUUUGAUUUGGGAGAAACCGGUGCAAACUGAUGCUCCCAUUGAAUUUUAUGAGGUGCGUUGGUUUCCCAAGCCGGAUUUUGAUGCCAUCAACAAAACCUCCUUGACCACCAAGGAAACAAAGGCCCAUGUUGAAGGUUUGAACGAUAAUACGGAGUAUGGUUUUCAGGUGCGUUACAAAACCAUAAAUGGCUAUGGAACAUACAGCAACAUUGUGUAUGCCCAUACACAGCCGGGUGUUGGAUCAGUCUAUGAGGAAAAUUUACAAAUGCGUAUUGUGGCCGGAGCCACGGUAGCUGUGGUUGUUAUUUUGGUUUUGGUAAUCAUAGCCACAGUGGUGUUCUUGCGCUCCAAAAACCAGGAUGAUUUGGAUAAGAAGUCUAGCAAUCACAUGCCUCUGCCUUUGGAUUAUGCCAGCAAUGAGGGACAGGUUGUGACCUAUAUACAUGCCAUGGACACAACACCCAUUGUCAAGACGAUACAAUCGAAUGUUACCACACCCUUGUUUGGCAAUAGUCGAAGCUAUGUUGAUCCCCAUACCUAUGAGGAUCCCAAUCAGGCCAUACGAGAGUUUGCCCGGGAAAUAGAUGCUAAUUACAUUACCAUAGAGGCCAUUAUUGGUGGUGGUGAAUUUGGAGAUGUGUGUCGUGGCCGCUUGAAAAUACCCCCGAAUUUUGUUCAGGACAUUGAUGUUGCCAUUAAGACUCUAAAACCAGGGUCAUCAGAAAAGGCACGCUGUGACUUUUUGACCGAAGCCUCGAUUAUGGGCCAAUUUGAUCAUCCCAAUGUUAUAUAUCUGCAGGGUGUGGUGACACGUUCAAAUCCGGUCAUGAUCAUCACCGAGUACAUGGAGAACGGUAGUUUGGAUACAUUUUUGCGGGUUAACGAUGGCAAGUUUCAAACACUGCAGUUGAUUGUGAUGCUGCGAGGCAUUGCCAGUGGCAUGGCAUAUUUGAGCGAAAUGAAUUAUGUACAUCGUGAUCUGGCGGCCCGCAAUGUGCUGGUAAAUUCCCAGUUAAUUUGUAAAAUUGCCGAUUUCGGCUUGUCGCGAGAAAUAGAGAAUGCCAGCGAUGCAUAUACCACACGUGGUGGUAAGAUACCGGUACGCUGGACCGCACCCGAGGCCAUUGCAUUUAGAAAAUUCACCUCGGCCUCGGAUGUUUGGUCAUACGGUGUGGUCUUGUGGGAGGUAAUGUCGUAUGGUGAACGUCCCUACUGGAAUUGGUCGAAUCAGGAUGUCAUCAAGAGCAUCGAGAAGGGUUAUCGUCUGCCGGCUCCCAUGGACUGUCCGGAGGCCUUGUAUCAGUUAAUGUUGGAUUGCUGGCAAAAACAACGGACACAUCGGCCAUCGUUUGCCAGUAUUGUAUCGACCUUGGACAAUUUGGCACGCCAGCCGCAGGCAUUGCUCACCACCCGCAAUUCGCCGGAGAAUGAUGGCGCCCACAUUAUGGAUAGCCAGCGGGGUCAUAAUAUCUUCAUCAGUACCGACAUCUGGUUGGAUAACAUUAAAAUGUCACGCUAUUCGCAACACUUCAAAGAGGCUAAUCUAGUGACGGCUCAACAGAUCUCAAGAUUAACUGCUCAACAGCUCUCCGACAUGGGUAUAACAUUAGUGGGGCACCAGAAGAAAAUCUUACACCAAGCCAGGCAAUUAGACACCAUAAUUUAGCAAUUUUAUUAAAACAAAAAAUACACACACAUAUAUACAUAUACAUACAUAUUUAGAAUACAAAAACAAAAAAUUUAAUAUUAUUAAUAUUAAUAUUGUAUGCUGCAAAAUUGCAAUUAAAACAUUUUUUUAGUAUGUACAUAUUAUACAUAAAUAUAUAUAAUUUUUUUACCCAUAAUUAUUAUAUAUUAAAAACAAAGAAAACAAACAAGCAAAACGAAUGAACAAUUAUGAUUUUUCGUCAAACAAAAUACAAACGAACGAGGAAAAGAAAAGAACACAAAACACAGCUCUCUCUAUAUACAUUAUAAAUAACAAAGCAGAGAGUUAAAGAAGAAAUUUCAUAGGCAGCGUAUAUAGAGUGCUAUGUUCGGCAGGGCCGAAUUUAGUAUACCCUCCACCAACAAAAAAAUAUUUUAUAUCUCACUUAAAGAUAACAAGACAUCUUGACAUGACGUUACAUUAAAGAACAAAGAAACAAACAAACAAAAAAAUAUGCAGACAUGAGUAUAAUCAAAUUGUUGAACUCUUUUUUUUUUUUUUAAAUAAUUUCUAUUGAAAUCAGUAUUUAAUUUUAUUUUUAAAUGAUGUAAACAAUGUUAGCACGAAUAUGAAAGUUUUUAAUAUUUGUUUUUUUUUAUAUCUAUCAAUUCUAGAUAUUUAAAUUUUUUAAGUUUUUUAAAAGUGAUUUUAUUCAUAGAUGUUUCUUGCAUGUUUUUUAAACAUAUUUUGGACUGCAACAAUUUUGAUUUAAUUCUUAACAACAAAAAAACGAUAAUAAAUUUUAUUCGAAAUGAUUAUUGGAAACAAUAUAAAGAA